ACAGCUACAGCGGCAAGUAUCGGAGCAGCUGGAAUCCCUCAGGCUGGCCUUGUUACCAUGGUUAUCGUUCUUACCUCAGUGGGUUUGCCUCCAGAUGACAUCUCACUUAUUGUAGCUAUCGACUGGAUCCUGGACCGAUUUCGAACAAUGAUCAAUGUGCUUGGAGAUGCAUUAGCGGCAGGAAUCAUGGCUCAUUUGUGCAAAAAGGACUUCCAGAAAGACAUCCAAUCCUCUAACAACUCAGAGAGAAGAGAUACAGUGAUAUCAUUCGGAAACCAAAGCGUGCAGAGCUUUCCCACAUCUGAGGUUCCACUUCUGGCAAACAGGGACUACAUCUUAGAGGUUGUCGGCGAUCAGGUGAUCGAGAGGCCGACUGCCUGUUAUAACCUCUGCCAAGUCUAACUUUGACAGACGAUACUAAGCAGGAGCAGAAGUUGCCUUGACUUCACAAAAACCUUCCCCCUUUUCCUCCCCUUUGUUCCACAUUUGUGCCAUUGUCUUUUUACAUCACAGAUGUUACCGUUUCCCAAAGUGUCGCCUUUGGUGAACAUUUGGGUGCUUUUGACACCUUAACUUGGGGGUUUUGUAAAUUAUAAAAUCAUUUUUUUUAAUGUUCUUCUAGCAUUGCCUUAAAAUGCAGUAGUUAAUAACAGACCACAAUAAUAAUACUACCACAAUAAUAAAACCACAUCCAAAAGGGAAACAUUAUGCAACUAGUUAGUCGACUGGGGCUCCACAUAUGGAUCAUCAGUGUCCUUGACAUACAGUGUACAGUGAUAACAAAAUAUGACUUGUAAUGACUGCAAGAACAGAGGUGGUGUAACGCUUCAUUGUUCAUAGUGCACAAUUCCUGUUCAAUUCAUCUGGGAUUGCAAUUUGAUUAUGUUUG